CAGUCCAUCAGUCAGAGUCACCACCAGAUUCGCGUGUAGUGAAAGCUACUGGUAGAUCGCUCGACGGUAUCCGGAAGCCACCGAGGCGAGCGGCGAGCGCACGCACCGGGACAAGCACAACACCGGAGAAGGAGGAGGUGCGAGAUGGCGACGUCGGGAUCGGGAGGCAACGAGCCCGGCGGACGGCCCUGGACGGCGACCAGCACGUGGGUCCCCGGUCCCGCCGGCGGGGCCGUGGAGGACGCUGUCUCGUUCGAGACCUCCGACGACGACGCGGAGGCGUCACCGGCGGGCGUCGUGCUCUGCCACCCGCCGGCCGACUCGGACCGCGACAUGACUCCCUGCCCCUGCGAGGUCACUGUUAGUUUCAGGGGAAAGUAUGAGAUUCACAGGGUAUAUGUGCGAAGCACAGCUCGGAUAUAUGAACUAUACCACUCUCCUGAUCCAAAGGGUGCCAGCAAGGAUUAUCUAUGCACCGUGCGUUGUGGACUUGCUGUUAAAGAACCGCAGCCCUGUGGUGAAGAAAGUAUGUCUCAGUGGACUGGCAGUGCUUCAAACAGCGACAAGCGUGAACAUGAGGCAAAAAGUGUAAGUAGUGGUAGUGAUGAAGAUAAUUGGGUUGAUGUCAAGAUUCCAGAAUCUCCUGCUGGAAAUAAAACACUAGAAUCUCAAGAAAGGAAUGCCAUUCGAACCUGCCAAGAAAAUACUCUGGCACACUAUGAAGCUACUGCUGAGAUGACUGAUGUUAACCCUUGUGUGUCUCUUACUAUACGGUUUCUAUCACUUCAGUCGAAGGCAUCAGUGCACAUUGAGGAAAUCUACAUAUUUGCUGAUCAUGUUGAGUCCACCAGUGAUGUUUCAGUAAGAGGUCCUGGAAACAUGGGAGGCAGUUCUUUGCUGGCAAUGCUUGUUCCUGGCCUUAUGCAAAUGUCUAAAUCAAGGAAUUUGAAGAUCGAUGACAGUUAUUUUUCUGAUGGAUCAAGGAAUCAAGAGAGCAGCACAUGCAAAAGGGUUACACAGGAAGCAGUGCUGUGUAGCACAAAUGAUUCAAAGUAUACAUCUGUAGGGAUAGAAAGUGCAAUGAGCCCUACAGUUGGUGUUACAGUAUCUGAUGAAAAAAAUAGCCAAGGUGAGUUCCAGUUCAAGGACCCUGAUUCUCUUCCAUUGCCUGUACAAACAUUAGGAAGUACACAAGCAUCAUCAGUGAAGGACCAGCGAGAAUUGAACACAGGUCAUGUUGGUAAUCCCCUUCUGAAGGAAAACUUUAUUCCUUAUAAUCAUAUUGAGAGAAAGCUGGAUACUCUGCUCUCAAAGGUAGAGAAGAUGGAAUUAUGUUGCUCUAGGUUUGAGAACAGCAUGAUAAAGCCCCUUGGUAGCAUUGAGGCGAGGCUUCAGCGACUAGAGGAACAGUUUAGUUCGUUCUCCAUGGAUAUUCAGUCUUUGAGAGGUUCUUCUGCAUUUAGGUCAGCAACAGAUGGUAUGUCUAAUACGAUGCGCUCACAGGAGGAAGCACAUAAUGAUGCUAAUGAUAACAGUAUUUCUACAACUGACAGGAAACCAGGUUUAGCUGUCAGGGCGCCAGAUUUUAUGUCAGAUGAUUACUGUGGUUAUAAUGUAAUAACUAAUGGAAACCAUGUUAGUUUUCGUGGGCCUAGUGUGGUGCCAAGGCUGCUUGUGAAGGCCACUGAUUUUAUUGCUCAACCUGAAUUAACCGAUGCAAGCCUCCAUGAUGGGUCUGCUUCUGAAAAGGAGCAUAAGACUUCCCCGGGUUUAGUUGUCAAGGUUCCUGAAUUCCCAGAUGAUGAUGAUGAUGAUGAUGAUGAUGAUGAUGAUGAUGAUGAUGAUGGGGAGGAUAAUGAUUAUGACAACGAUGACGUGGAAGAAAAGAAACAAGCAGAAGUUUGUGGUGAUGGUGAUGAUCACAUAUGGUCUGAUGAUACUCUGAGGAAAAGCACAGCUGGCGACACAAAUAGCAAAAAACCUGUAUCUAUCAAUGGUGCAUUGGCGUCCGCAUUGGAAGCAUUACUCACUUCCACCAAAGGAACAUCAUCUUUGAAACCUGCUGUUUGCACUAGCAGUAAUUUAGGUGCUGAAAACAUUAACGAUUCCUUCAGUUGUUCCCUUUCUCCUGGAAAAACUGGCAAGAUGCCCACUAAAGAUGGUUCAGCUGACCAAUUUCUGGGUACAUCUGGUGAUGCUAAUUUGGUUGGUGCCAUCAUGUCUUCUCAAGAUAUUGAUACAACUCCUAGCAAUUCUCUCUCAAAUGAAAUGUUGGAUAGCAAGGUUGAGAUAAAUGAACAGAACGAUGAUCUCAGUACAGAAAAGGUGGCAUUUGUUGCGAUCACAGAACCAUUGGAUGUUCCCUCACGCACUGAUACAAUUGAGGAAUCUAUUGAUGAUGCAAGUUGCGUGAAUAGACAAAGCAAUGGUCCUAAUCUAGAUACAAUGAACUGUGGACCUUUGGAUCCUCCUAAGCCUCCUACAUUGUUUGAACCUGUUGAUAGUGGAGUUCAGGUGAAUGAAAAUAGACCUUCCAUAUCCUUAGUGGAGUUUCUUGCAGCAAGGAAUGCUAGCUCUUGUAAGAAUGGUACUUCUGAGGCAUGCCUUGGUAAUGGUGAUGCUGAAAAGCUGUCAUUUGAGAGAAAAUCAGCUGGAGCUGGUAAAAACUCGAAAAAUAUCAGUCAACUUCUAGUGAAGAAAGCUCUUGAGGCUGAUGUGGACGAGAGAAAUCUUUUGUCCAGCAUACCCAUUGGGGCAAAAUUUGAAGGAUCAAGCAGUCUUGACCCCAGAACUAGUGGGCACGAUAUUAAUAAUACAAAGGAAGCUGUCUCAGAUAAGGAAUGUGGCCUGAAGGAUACAGAGAAUGGAUUUAGGCUCUCUUCGAGGAUGGACUCUAUAUUUUCUCAGUAUCAUGCUACAGAUUCCAAGAAAAAAUUGGUUGAGAACAGCAGUUUGGACUGGAGUCUAGAUGAGAGUUUCUCAAAACAGAAUGGGGAACAUUCCUGGUCAAGUUUGAGUAGUAUGGAGUCGUUUAGUCGAGCACCUGCCAGAGAACCUGUUGUUUCAGGGAAUGACACAUCAGGAAAUUACGCGGAAGAACUUCUUGCAGGCAUUGGAGAUCGUCCUGUUGCAACACAUAUUUUUGUGGAAGAGCUCCAAAAGGUUUCUGAUGAUUUGCUUUAUGAGUUUAAGGAUGACAUGCUAGGCAUGACCUCCGCAGCAAAGGGUACAAAUAAGAGCAGCCUGUCCCUUGAAGUCUUGCUUGCUGAAUCAUCUGAUUCUGAAGCACAAAUUUCUGAUCUGGAGGGUAUUGACAGUGGUUCUGGUAUUGGCUCAGCUCAACUGUUUAGUACACUCUCAUCUUCAGAUGACGAUGCUUCUGCUGCAGACGAGCCUUUAGUUGAUGUUGCUGACCUGAGUACACCAUCAGAGCCAUAUACUUCUGCCCCCAAUGAGCCUCUGGUUGACGUGGCUGACCUGACAAACCCUUCGGUGAAUGAGCCUUCGGCUGAUGUGGUUGAUCUGCUACAUACUUCAAACGAGCCGUUCGACAGUUUGAAUGAUAUGCCAAACCCUCCAGAGAUGUCUUUUGGUGGGAGCAGUGGAGAACAUGCUGACAGUCUUAUAUAAGGAUAGGGCUAUGCGAUACUGAUAGUUCAGAGAUGAACGAAACAUACUGCUGCACUAGUUGGUGUGUCCUGUACAGUGAUGAACGCUUUCUUCCAAGUUAUGCAGAAGUUUUUGUACAUAAAUAAGUCUUUAUGUCGGCAUCAAUUUAUACUAAAUACUAUGAAAGCAGAGUAACUUUGGUUUUGGGUUGCUAAUUUGCUAUUCUCC